AAUUACUUGUUUCGCAAGUUCGCUUAUUUGAACAAUUUAUUUUUCUAGUAGAUCUAAAUAAAUCAGAUCAAAAUUAUAUUUAUAUACGGCCAUGUGCUAACAUUUAUGUUCCAUAAGUACCACUACUCAGUGAAGGUAUUGUUAAUUUUAUUCAGACAUAUUUUAGUGAGUAUAUCUUCAAAAAUGAAAACUAUUUGAAGAGUCAAAGGAUCAAAUAGGAUUUCUAGUUCAAGUAAACUGCUUUUACAUCAUGAUGACUUAAUUUCAGAUUUAUAAAUUUUUAUUUUGGUUAUUAAUUUAGAAGUAUGUCUGAAAAUAAGAAAGAAGAGGUUUUAGAAAGGAGUGGCCCAGUAUUCAAUCCUCCUGUGUACAUUCAACGAUACACAACAGUUCGAGACAUUUUGUUCAAACUUCCUGGAAUUGAAAAGGUUGUAGAUUUUGGAUGUGCUGAAGGUAAAUUUAUUAAGUACUUAAAGAAAUUGCCAUUUGCUACAGAAAUUUCAUGUGUAGAUUUACACGAGCCAUCAUUAGAAAGUGCUGUGCAUGCUUCAAGACCCAAUGCAUGGGAUUUUAUAUUCAAACGUCAUCAACCUUUAAAAAUUAAAAUAUUCAAAGGAAGUGCCCUAGAAAAUGAUUCUCGACUACAAGGAUAUAAUGCUGUCACAUGCAUAGAGUUAAUUGAACACCUUGAACCAAAAUAUUUGGAACCUUUAACUGCUAAUAUUUUUGGAUUCAUUCGUCCAAAAAUAGCCAUUUUUACCACUCCAAACUGUGAAUUCAAUGUUCUUUUUCCUAAUCUGGAGGGAUUUCGGCACUGGGAUCACAAAUUUGAAUGGGAUAGAAAACAAUUUGAGGAAUGGUGCAACAGUAUAUUAGAUAACUUUCCUGAUUAUACUGUGAAGAUUCAAGGAGUAGGUGAUCCACCACCAGAAUCCUCUCAUCUGGGUCCUUUAUCACAAUUGGCUGUUUUUACAUUGAAAACAUCACCUUCGAAACAGCCAUACACAAUUAAUUCAAAUUCAGCAACAGAAACAUAUAAUUUGAUUGAUGAGCAUCUUUAUCCUGGACGUUCACAAGGUGAUUGUGAUGAAGUGAAUUAAAUUACUCUUAUAAAAACAUGGGAGCAAUUUUCUGUACUUUUAUAAUAUUUUAUAUGUAAGAUAAGAUAUUUACAUUAUUUAUUUUGUGUAUAUUGAUAAUUAAAGAGCUAGUCAUUAGAUUUAGAUUCAACGACAUGUUCUAUAGAACAUACACACUUUUGCCUUUAUUAUUAAAGAUGAAUGAAAAUAAUAUAUAUUGGGUAAAAAAAAUUUUUUCUUAUUUUAUAAUUGAAGACUGUUCGGUUUUCUCAUUAUCUGGAAGAACAGGUUCAAUAUGAUACAGCUUUUUAUCCUCAGCCGAUAUAGGACAUGGAGCUCCAGACAUGAGAUCUUUUCCAUCCAGUGAUUUGGGAAAAGCUAUCACUUCUGUUAUAGAUCGACAGCCACACAUUAAAGACAGCAAUCUGUCUAUUCCUACAAAAAAAUAUGUUAAAUAGAUUAUCAUUUUUAGAUAAAUUAUGGCAUUAUAUUAAAUCAUUUAUAUAAAUAAAAGAUGAAAUAACUGAUGCUCACUUCCUACUCUAUCUAUACCAAUAAUAAAGACAUUCUUUUUAUACCAAA